AUGGAUAGCCGCCGAGAACCGUUGCAGGCCUUGGCUGGGGUGGUGGCAGGGCCCUACGGCCCUGGCAUGGACCAGGCUCGGAAACUCGGUCUGAGUGAGGUGGAGGAGCUGUACGCCUAUGACGGCGGGCAAGACUCAGGGGUCGUGGACAAGGUCCUGGCGCUGCUGGACCGGCACGCCCCCAGAGCGGACCGCAGGCAGCUGGGCAUCUUUCUGGAGCUGCUGCGCUGGAGGCUGGGCACCCUCCUCCUCUGCGGUCGGGACUGCAUGCACGGCUGGCUGGGCGCUCCCCAGGCCUUUGUGGCCCUGUCCCCCGCCCAGCGCGAGGCCGCGGUGCUGGCCUGGGUCCGGGCCGGCAGCCUCUCCCAGAUCAAGGCGGGUGCCUGGACCGGGGUCAAGAAGCUGGUGGCCCUGUGCCUGAUGUCCAAGCUGGAGGCGGAUGGCAGCAGCCGGGCAAUGCGCGCGCUGGGGUUCCCGAUCAGGGACCCGCGCUCGGACCCGGCCCGCACCGAGCGGGCGGGGCGGGCCGAGGCGGGGCUGGAGGCUGCCAUCUGCGACGUGGCCAGCUUCUCCGCAGCCUCUGCCACAGACGUCACCGCGCUGGCCGCUCGCCUGCGGUCCCUCGGCCUGCAGCCCGUCGACCCGGCCCGGUGCGCCCCGCCCGGCACGCCGGCUGCUCUCCUCGCGGGCGCCCCGCACCUGGUCCUCAGCGCUGACGUCGUGGUGGAGGACGAGGGGUACAGCGCGUUGUACGAGGCCGGGGGGUUCAUGCAGGACAGCCGGGGCUUGAUGGGGGUGCUGGCCGGCGCGACCCUUGGCGGCGGCACCAGGGUCAACUGGUGCGCCUCCUUCCGCACGCCAGAGCACGUGCGGCGGGAGUGGGCGGCGGCGCACGGCCUGCUGUGCUUCACAGGCGCGACCUACGAGUCGGCAAUGGACGCCGUGUGCGAGCGCCUGGGCGUGCGGACGGGCUACCGGCACAGCGCCAUGUGCCGGUCGCUGGCCCAGGGCUGUAGGGAGCUGGGCGAGCCGGUGAGCGAGGUGAAGCGGAACUGCCAGGUGGACGACUGCAGCUCCUACUGCACGCUGGGCUGCAAACUGGGUGGAAAGCAGGACUCGGUGCGCGCGUGGCUGACGGAGGCCGUGGACGCGGGCGCACGCAUCCUCACAGGUGCCUGGGCCGAGCGCAUCGUGACCGAGACGCGGGGAUCUGCCGGCCGGCCGGCGCGUGUGGUCGGGGUCUCGCUCCGCGGCGGCUCGCCGGGGACAAAGGGCCACGGCCUGCGCAUCGCUGUCGCGGCGCGGCUGGUGGUGGCCGCGGGCGGCAGCCUGCACACGCCCGCCCUGCUCCUCCGCUCUGGGAUACAGGGGCGGGGCAAUGUGGGCAGGCACCUCCACCUCCACCCUGUGUGCAUGACGUUGGGCUUCCUGCGCAGCCCGCCCCGCCUCGACGCAGCGGUGGGGCUGGCCGGCGCAGCCACACCCCCGCUGCCCGACCUGGAGGACAGGGGAGGCCGCCCCGCAUCUGACCACGGCAGCGUGCAGCUGUGGGACGGGACGGGCAUGUCGACCUUCAGCGCGGCGCGCGGCGACUGGGAGGGCAGCGGCUACGGCUCACUGCUCUACACGCCCCAGGUCCUGCCCGGUUCCGUCCUUUCUAGCAUGCCCUGGCUGGGCCAGGCUGACUUCAAAAAGUACAUGGCCCGCCUCCCAGACGCCUCUCUGUUCCUCACCAUCGUCCGCGACCGGGGGGAGGGCUCCAUCACCCUGGAUGGCGACGGCCAGCCGGUGGUCAACUACAGCCUGUCUGCCGAGGACGAGGGGGCCAUGGCCUCAGGGUCGGCCUUUGCGGCGCGUGUUGCCGCGGCCGCGGGGGCCGACACGGUGAUGACCCUGGACGCCGACCCGCGCUGCCGCUUCCUGUUUGUGGACGAGGGGGCAGGGUCGGGCGUGAGCGUCAUGAAUGGGGAGGUCGUGGCGGGGGCGGGUGGCACGCCCUCCCUGCCGGCGCAGCUGGCGCCGGAGGGGCCCGCGUCGCUGCUGACCCCGGCGGACGAGGCGGCGCUGGCGCUGGGCAACGCCGCUCCGGCCUCCGGCUCAGGCGCGGCGCAGGCGCGGCACCCCGCCUUCCGGCGCUGGCUGGCGGAGCGGGAGGCGGGGGGGAUCGCCACGCGGCGCACCCCGCUCUUCUCCGCACACCAGAUGGGCUCUGCGCGGAUGGGCACCGACCCCGCCGCCUCGGUGGUGGAUGCCGAGGGCCAGAGCUGGGACGUGGCAGGACUGUAUGUGAUGGACGCCUCCACCUUCCCCACAGCCACAGGUGGCGUGAACCCCAUGGUCACGGUGGAGAGCAUUGCCUAUAUGCUGUCAUCCUUUCUGGCAAGGAAGGAGGCACACCAGACGAGGACGGACGAGUAG